GGUCAUCGGCGAGGGGAGAGCGAUCCAGUUUCGUCGCCAUGAAGACUGUGCGGGCACUGGUGCACGUUGCCGUCGUCGUCUCCGCUGUGCUGGGCCACGUCCACGAGGUCACAGGCAGGUACGAGGGUCUCGAGUUCCUGGAGCCCUGCCCGAGAUAUGCUCCCGAUUUCGAGGCUUGCCUCGAGAGAUCGGCAAACAUGCUGGCGGAACGCUUCCGACACGGUCUGCCAAAGCUCGGCUACAACAGCCCCAGCGAAGUCGAGCCGAUAAUCCUGGACGAGCUCCACAUAAACCUGGACGGUGGGCCCAGCAGUUACAAGGCAGAGUUCAAAGACAUCACGGCUCGCGGCGUCUCCAAAGUCCGAGUGACUGGUCUGCGCAGCCAAGUGACCGACGACGAGGUGCAGCUGCAGCUGUCGCUCAGCAUACCAGAGAUAUCCGCUGACGCCAAAUACAACUCGAGUGGAAAGCUUAUUUUCGUCCAGGCCGGCGGAGCCGGGAAGUACUGGGGAAAAUACUACCACGUUAGGGCCAAGGUUUUCAUCAGAGCCAAGCCCUACUUCUCUGGGAAUCAAAAGUUCCUGAGGCUUCAGCAACUCAAAAUGGACUUCCAAGUGCCCAACAUCGAGAUGGGCGUAACAAAUUUACCAGGCGGUACCAAAUCCUUUAUUCAACAUGCACUCAAUGUUUUUAUCAACAGCCACAGUCAGGAGCUUUUGAAGGAAAUGAAACCUGAUCUGAAGCGGAAACUCAUCCAGGUCAUGUCCACCUUCGUCGAGAGAAUUUUCUCACGAAUACCGUACAAUGCUUUUAUUACGGAUUGAAGCGACCAUAAAAAAAAGGAUUUUCUGGAAAUUAAUGAUGACAAAAGAGAAAAAAUUUGAUAAACGAUCCAAGAGAAUAGGUUGACAUAGAUUUAUCAUCAUUAUUAGGCUGUAAUUAGUCCUACUUAUUACAAUAAGUAUCGAAUACUUUAGGAUA